AUGGAAGGAAUUGAUAAAAAAUCCAAAGGGAAAGGUGUUAAGGAUCUUGAUGAAAUAAUAAUAAUAGAGAAAAAUAAAGACAUAUCUAUCAAUUUGACUUUAAGUUCUUUGGAAGAAGAAAUAUUUAAAGAGCUUUCCUUAGAAGAUGAGUGUGAAUUCUUUGAUAAAAUUAUUUCAGAAAUUAAUGAUGAUAUCUCGAACUUUAAUCCACCGCCAAAACUUAUUACAUUACAACCAGAAAAACCAUCAUCACAAUCGUUGUUAUUAACAUCAACACCAUUAUCAUACAAGUGGAUAAUUGAAUAUGACAAAGAUUUUAAAAAUAUCAUUGUAUCAGUUCUAACUCAAACAUUUAUAAAAGAAAAAGAAAAAGAUAAAGAGGAUUGGCAUGCAUUGGAUGAAUAUGAUUUAGAAAUAACAGACAAAUUACUUUAUGGCAAAUUAUUGGAUAAUACUCAUUUAAUUUUAGUAACAACUUCAUCUAUUUAUUUUUUUGACUUAAAUCAUAACCAUCAUAAUGGUAAUGGUGGUAAUCAGAAAUCUAAAAUACGAUUGAAGAAUCCCAAAGCAACAACAUCAUGGGCAGAAUAUAACUGCAGAAGAAAAAAUAAUAGAUAUUUAUACUAUCUUUCGUGA